AGUAAAGAUGGCGGCGGGUUCGGAUCUGCUGGAUGAGGUCUUCUUCAACACGGACGUGGACGAGAAAGUGGUCAGCGAUCUGGUGGGCUCCCUGGAAUCUCAGCUGGCAGCCGCAGCCCACCACCACCAUCAUCACCACCAUCACCAGCAGCAGGGUCCAGCUGAGGCCCGCAGCCAGGCCCUGGCCAACCAUGUCUCUAGCCCUGGGGUAGGGGCAGGCAGUGCGGGGGGCCAGGCAGAAACCAAGAUAGGACUCCCCGCAGAUAUUCCCAAGACCGGAGCAGUUGUAUCUGGAGUAACAGGCGGCGUGAUCAACAAUAACAGUCGACAGCAAGCCGCAGCGCCGCAGGACGGAGCCCAGUCUGCUGGAUCUGAUGCAUCAGGGGCUCUUAGCCAGGCUAAAGCUGGGGUCCUUGGCACCAUGGCAACUGCACUGUCCAAUCACGGCCAAGGAAACGGCAAGACCGCCGCACUUCAGACCAUGAACGGGAAUAAUGUUGUGAUUAAUUCUCACGGACCUGGGGGACACGCUGCCCCGUUUCAGGGCAACAGCAAUCCUGCACCUGCUGUAACUUUGGUGAACAAUGGCCCCGCUCCUGUCACCAAGGGUGGUGUGAACGCAGGAGCCAACACCGUGAUCCAGGCGUCUUUUCUUGGAACGACCAACGCGUCUGUCAUUUCCUCCUCUUCGACUACCGCCGCUGGCGCGGCUGGGCAACAAGUGGGGAUGACGGGGGUUCCCACCACGGUAGCUUUGGUGAGACCGCUGAUGCACCAGGGAGUGGCAGCCACCCAGAAUGGGAGUAAUACUGUGAUCAAUUCCCCUCUGCCACCCUCUGCCGGGGUGCCGCUGCAAAUGAACGCUCAGCCCACCUCUGUGUCUAGCCAGGUGAUAAAGUCUGAAUCUCCAAAAACUAUUAUCCAGCCCCCCCAACAGAGCCAGCCAAACCCCGGCAGCAUGGUGAUAGGACAGACGAUUCAGGCUGGACAUCCGGGCCCUGGUGGGGCAGCUAAUCCCCCCGGCACCCCUACGGGGAUGGGCAAAGCUACAAUAAGCACCGUGCCUCAGAACCUGCCAAGGACUCCUACAGCUCCGGUUGGUGGCAUUAGGGCAACAAUCAAUCCUCCUAUGCUAGCUCCCCGCGUACCCCAGCCUCCGCAGAACCCGCCGAACAUUCAGAACUUUCAGCUUCCUCCAGGAAUGGUCCUCGUGCGCAGCGAGAACGGCCAGCUGUUAAUGAUCCCGCAGCAAGCUUUGGCACAGAUGCAGGCCCAGGUUCAAGCCCAGUCUCAAAACCAGAACGCCAUGGCCACGCGGCCGGCCACGCCAACCAGUGCCCCCUCGGUGCAAAUCUCGGCCGUGCAGUCUCCGGGAGCCCCUCUUCUAGCAAGACAGGUGACGCCAACAACCAUCAUUAAACCGGUAUCUCAAACCCCGACAACCGUGCAGCAGACCACCACACUACAGCGGCCCCCAGUUGUGCAGAACCAGAUCGUGAUAGGAAGCACCACGCAAACCGCCACGUUGGGGACUGCGACGGCAGUACAGACGGCAACCGCACCACGACCGGUGCAAGGAACGGUCGCCCCAGCCACAGCCACCACGGAAACCAUGGAAAAUGUGAAGAAAUGCAAGAAUUUUUUAUCCACGCUAAUCAAGUUGGCUUCAUCAGGAAAACAGUCCUCCGAGACAGCGGCUAAUGUGAAAGAACUUGUCCAGAACCUUCUGGACGGGAAAAUUGAAGCUGAGGAUUUCACCAGUCGAUUAUACAGAGAACUGAACUCUUCACCUCAACCGUACCUAGUGCCUUUCCUCAAGCGAAGCCUUCCUGCUUUGCGGCAGCUGACGCCUGAUUCGGCAGCCUUCAUCCAGCAGAGUCAGCAGCAGCAGCCGCCGUCACAGGCCACGACGGCGCUCACCGCGGUCAUGCUGAGCAGCUCUGUACAGCGCACGGCCGGGAAGCCCACCGCCACGGUCACGAAUACAUUACAGCAACCGGUCAUCAGCCUCACUCAACCCGCACAGUCCAAACCAGGGCAGCCUACGCCACUGGUUAUCCAGCCGGCACACAAAGCAGGGGCAGUGGUACGUCCUCCGCAGGUCACGCUGACGCAGACGCCCAUGGUAGCCCUCAGACCGCCUCAGAGCCGGUUAAUGCUCACCACGCCUCAGCAGAUACAGUUAAACCAGCUGCAGACAGUCCCAGUGGUGAAGCCGACGGUGUUGCAGGGUACGAAAACAAUGUCCACAAUCACCACACAGGUUGCGGCUGCCCAAAAAAACAAGUUAAAAGAGCCUGGGGGAGGUUCGUUCAGAGAUGACGACGAUAUUAAUGACGUGGCUUCCAUGGCCGGCGUUAACCUGUCUGAGGAAAGUGCGAGGAUUCUGGCAACAAACUCUGAGCUUGUCGGCACGUUAACGAGGUCCUGCAAAGACGAGACCUUCCUCCUCCCUUCGCUGCUGCAAAGAAGGAUACUCGAAAUCGGUAAAAAGCAUGGAAUCACAGAGGUCCACCCAGAUGUGGUGGGCUACGUGUCUCAUGCCACACAGCAGCGGCUACAGAACAUCAUGGAGAAGAUCUCGGAAGCGGCCCAGCAAAAGAACACCUCUCACAAGGAGGAUGACCGGUACGAGCAGUCAAGCGAUGUUCGGACACAGCUAAAAUUCUUUGAGCAGCUCGACCAGAUCGAGAAACAGAAGAAAGACGAGCAGGAGCGAGAGAUCCUCAUGCGGGCAGCUAAGUCUCGGUCCAGGCAGGAGGACCCGGAACAGUUACGGUUGAAACAAAAAGCAAAGGAGAUGCAACAGCAGGAACUGGCACAGAUGAGACAGAGAGAUGCCAACCUCACAGCGCUGGCAGCUAUUGGCCCUCGAAAAAAGAGGAAAGUAGAAUCUCCAGGGCCCGGCUCUGGGUCAGAGUCAUCCAGCACAAACACAACGACUGCCAGCAGCUCCGGGGGAGGAAGCAGCCGACAGUUUACAAGACAAAGGAUAACGCGCGUUAAUCUCAGGGACCUCAUAUUUUGUUUGGAGAAUGAGAGAGAGACUAGCCAUUCACUUUUGCUAUACAAAGCAUUCCUUAAGUGAAAAAAAACAAAAAAAAAACCACAACACACAAACUAAACAAAAAAUGGAAAAGAUCAAGGUAUAUAUAUUAUUAUUAUUAUUAUUUUUUGCAAAGGCGACAACUAAUCCAUCCCCAGGACAAAUUUAUAUCAGCGCAAAUUUCUUGCCUUUUUUUUUUUUUUUUUUUUUUUUUUUUACAUUUUUCUUUUUAAAGCUUUGAAAGCAAUUUACAAUCACCAUAGCCCCUAAA